AUGAAAAUGCAUGAACCUCCAUCCAACAUGUCAACCGCCGUGCCUUUCGUUCCCUCCAUAUCUCCCUUCUCUUCCACCUCAAAACACUCAAGCAAGGAUGCAAAUAUGGAAGAAAUCCACGUCAUGGAGAUGGAGACUGACGAAACUGCCUCUCCUCCAGGGAAGAGAUCUGUGUUUCCAUCAGAAUCAGAUCCCAAUAAACUGUCGCUUUCGUCUUUUUCAUUUGGUAAACCUACCUACGACAGAGUGAUUGUUGGGAGAGUCUUCGGGAGGAACUGGAAGCAGGUGUGGCAGAGACGGUCGUCGGCGAUGCAAGUUAGCAAGAAGGGAAUGACGUUUGAGGAGAGGGCGAGAGCGAAGAGUAUUAAGACGGGGUUUAAUGAGAGGGCGAGAGCGAAGAGUAUUAAGACGGGGUUUAAGGAGAGGAUGACGGAGUUGAAAGAAGAGAUAAGGUUGAAUAAGGUUGAGAAGAGGAAGAAGAAAGAGGUGAGUGAGAGACGUGGUUUCCAAAAUUUCUUGUUUUCCUGCGUUUUGUGUCACAGUAUUAGGACCGUUUAA